UUCCAUUUCCGGCCAUCCGACCCUGGGGCGAGCCGAAAGCCCCCUCACCUCCAUUCCCUCCAUGGCAGCCACCCUCCUUUACUCCUCCCAUCCUCCCCCAGCCAUGGCAUUCACGCCCGCCCAUAAAGAUCGCCACCACCACAGGCCGCUGCUGCUCCCAAGCGUCCACACUCCACAGAGACAAGGGAGGGAGGAGUCCUCUGGGUCUUGGGUGCUCCUGGGUCCUCUUUCUUUCUUCUCGGCGAGCGAGGAGCUUGUUGAGAUGGGGCGCGGCAAGAUCGAGAUCAAGAGGAUCGAGAACUCGUCCAACCGCCAGGUGACCUUCGCCAAGCGCCGGGCCGGGCUGGUGAAGAAGGCCCGCGAGAUCGGCGUGCUCUGCGACGCCGAGGUCGGCGUCGUCAUCUUCUCCAGCGCCGGCAAGCUCUACGACUUCUGGACGCCCAAGACCACGCUGCCAAGGAUCUUGGAGAAGUACCAGACCAACUCCGGGAAGAUCCUGUGGGACGAGAAGCACAAGAGCAUCAGCGCGGAGAUUGACAGGGUGAAGAAGGAGAACGACAACAUGCAGAUCGAGCUCAGGCAUAUGAAAGGCGAGGAUGUGAACUCGCUGCAGCCCAAGGAGCUGAUCGCCAUCGAGGAGGCGCUCACCAACGGCCAGACCAGCCUCAGGGACAAGAUGAUGGACCACUGGAAGAUGCACAGGAGGAAUGAGAAGAUGCUGGAGGAGGAGCACAAGCUGCUGGCUUUGAGGAUGCACCAGCAGGACGACCUGAGCAGCAACAUGAGGGAGAUGGAGCUCGGGUACCAUCAGGGUAGGGAUUUCACUUCCCAGAUGCCGUUCACCUUCCGGCUGCAGCCCAGCCACCCCAACUUGCAGGAAGACAAGUAGGCCAACGAAUCCUGCCACGGCCUGUGUGAACUGAAGCUCCUCUACCUGCAGGCCACAACUGCUACCUUCAAUUUCCUUGUGAAACCUUAAAUGUAUCUUCCUUUUCAUGUCUGGCUUGAUGAACUUAACAGCGCUAGUUGGUUCCCAACACAUAACCUUUAACUAAGACAGUUCCUGUCCCUGCCAAGAUGCUUGUAUAAUUGCUGCCUAUCCUGAUUACAGUGUGUCUUGUUAGUGA